AUGUCUGAUAUCGGGAGCACUUCACAUAGUAGUCCGACAGGCAUCAUGCAUCAUCAGAUCAAGCUCGACGUAUUUUUGAUCAAGGGUUACCAAUUGAUAUCCAACGGAGAAGUCUUGGAGCUUCCCGAGCUAUUGAAUUCCACGAUUAGUCCGAAUCAGCAAUCUCCUAUAUCGCUGAAACCCUUGGACGAACGUCAUAUGCAAUAUUUCCAAAGUCUCUCACAACUUUACGAUGCUCUAGUGACAAUCGUACCCUUAGAUGAACAAUCGAACGUACCCAAAUCAAAUAUCGAAUUGUUUCAGCGAUUUCAACAGAUAUUGAAAGAGAUAUUGCUAAGUUAUGACGUGAGCCCGUACAAUCGGUAUUUUUUGAAGUUGGAUGAGAACAACUGGAAGAUACGGGAUAACGUGGACGAUCCUCUAUGGCAGGUAUUAUCUUUCAACAUCGACAAAGUCUACGACAAGACAACGGGGUUAAUAACACCGUUGAGGAGGCCAGGGAAAAGUACCACUGCGUCUGCUAGGGAAUCGCCCGUGCUUGCCCCCAGACGUAAAUCGGUUGUAAAUACAAUCACUUCACCGGACUUUUCAUUAUCACAGGUGGAUAAUAAACUGGAACAAGUGAGUAGAGUACAAGAUCAGGAUUACUAUUCUAACGUCCAGGCAAAUGCCAACCAAAGUCCCAAUAGCCAGUUUGAUUGGCCCAGAGCAAUGACCGAGAGUACCAAUGGGAAAGCUAUGGAACAGAUCAAUGAGGAAGAGCAACCUGCGAGAAAGCGAGUACGGAAAUAUAUCACUAGAAAAGAUUCCGACGUCGUGGGAGAUGUCUUGCAACUACAAAAUACACCACCAGUCAGUGACCAAGAAAAGACAUCAUCUCUAACUGAGGUUACUAUAAGGACGUACGAAAAACUGUUGCAAGAAAAAGACCGUCAUAUAACAGAUCUAAAGAACGAUUUAGAGGAACAACGAAAAGAGAUCAUUUGGUUGAAGAAGUUAAUCAUGGAAGAUAUGAAAUAUCUCCGUUCGACAGUGAGAGCAGGGAACAACCAAUGA